UCUGUUUUCUACGAGAAAACCCUAGCUCUGCGAGUAACUGCUACAUUGCAGGCGGCAAGGACGGCAAUGGAGGGGGUUAAGGCAGGAAGGACCGUGAAGGAUGUGUCACCGCACGAGUUUGUCAAGGCAUACGCUGCCCAUCUUAAGAGAUCCGGCAAGAUUGAACUUCCUCACUGGACUGAUAUUGUUAAGACUGGAAGGUUCAAAGAACUUGCUCCAUAUGACCCUGAUUGGUACUACAUAAGAGCUGCUUCCAUGGCAAGAAAGAUCUAUCUGAGACAAGGUAUUGGCGUGGGUGGUUUUCAGAAGAUCUAUGGUGGUCGCAAAAGGAAUGGUAGCAGGCCUCCACAUUUCUGUAAGAGCAGUGGCGCAAUUGCUCGCCACAUUCUCCAGCAACUGCAGAAGAUAAAUAUCGUUGAAAGCAAUGAGAAGGGGGGAAGGAGAAUCACUUCUCAGGGUUGUCGUGAUCUUGAUCAGGUUGCUGGGCGUGUGGUGGUCAUUUCAUGAAUGACUUGAGAGAAUAUUGCUCUCAAUCAUCGAUCAGAUCUUUUAAGCUUCUUGUUUUUUGCUAACAUUUUUUCAUGUAAUGUUUCUGAACACAUGCUUUUGAAGCUCGGUGUUAUUUGAGUUAUUCUCUUCUCCUGCUUUAUCUUGUAUGCAAGGGACUUAGAACUUUAUUCAACCUUAUAUUGGCCUUAAAAUUUGAUCCAUGACCAUUGGAUGAGGUACCCAAA